AUGCGCUGCUCCCCUGAUUGUAGCCUGGAAUUAGACCAUCCUGACUUUGUUCCUAUCGCGGAUGGGCCACAGACUGUAGGCCGCCUUCUUGAUGCCAUCCUUGCUCGACAGGACUCUAAUUCAGCCGCAUUGCGUGUAUUUAUCUUGCGCUCCCGACAACCCUUUUCCGGCUCUCCUGCUGGUUUACAGUCCUCUGCCACUGUGGCUGCUAUUACCGCUUGUUCAGAAGCCUACGCUGCUUCUACAGAACAAUUGGUGGCUGAAGUUGGCACAGAUGCAGACCCCGGCUUGAUGGAAGUUGAACCAUGUGAAACGACAAUAUGUCAGUCUGCUGACGUCAAAACGCAUCCCUCAGAUGCUGAAAUGAGUGAAUUGAACAGCCCCAAAUCAUUGACAUCUGCCCUCCUUGGACAGGAUCAGUAA